AUAUUCAUAAAAAAAAUAAAAAAACACUCCUCAAAAUGUCAGACCACACACAGAGAUGCAGCUUUAUCUAUGGUCUCAUUACCGACGUCUCUCUUCUUGCUUCCCUUUCAUAGUAAUGAUUCCACUGAUGCUUCUUCUACCCUUUCUCUUUUUUCCUCUGCAUCAAUAAACCAUACACUUUUUCCAAGAAAAUCCCAAAAAGCAAUCAAGAAUUUAAAGUGCAACUGAACCCACUUCUUUCUCACUUUUUUUGUUCUUUUUUUUUUUUUUUUUUUUCCUUUUCUUUUUCGUAUUAUGUGUUAAAAGAUUGGAGGUUUCAGCAUAGGUGCAGAAAGUUGUGCUGCUUCAGAUCCCAAUAUAUAAUAAGUCCACCAAUAGUAAGAAAUCUGCUUGCUUUAUGAUUUUCCUCAGCUAAAAAUAUACAUCAUAUCAGUGUGUCUAUUAUCAAGAUAGUACAUAAAAGAUUCUCUUUUGUGUUGUGGUCCUGAUUAAAAAAAAAAGAAAAGAAAAAACCCCAAUACUGAUUUCUUACUUUUUUUAACACAUACCCUUUUGUUUACAUGUUGUAAAAAAGAGGAUCUUGGUUGUUAACAAGAAAAUGCAAGAACAAGGUGUACUAGGGCUAAUGGGUUCUAGUACUAUGGGUGAUAUUUCUUCUAUGGUGAUAUCUGAUGAUCAUCAAAGGCAAUUAAAGGGUGAAAUUGCUACACAUCCUUUGUAUGAACAGCUAUUAUCAGCACAUGUAGCAUGUCUUCGAGUGGCUACACCUAUUGAUCAGUUGCCAUUAAUAGAUGCUCAGCUUUCACAAUCUCAUCAUCUCUUGAGAUCUUAUGCUUCUUCUUCUUCUCAUCAGCAACAACAUCAUUCUCUUUCUCCUCAUGAAAGACAAGAACUUGACAAUUUCUUGGCACAGUACUUGUUAGUUUUGUGUUCCUUUAAAGAACAGCUUCAGCAACAUGUCAGAGUUCAUGCUGUUGAAGCUGUUAUGGCCUGCCGUGAAAUUGAGCAGAAUUUACAAAUUCUUACAGGAGCAACACUUGGAGAGGGAACAGGUGCUACAAUGUCUGAUGAUGAGGAUGAGUUACAGAUGGAUUUUUCACUAGACCAAUCAGGAGGAGGUGAUGCACAUGACUUGAUGGGUAUGGGAUUUGGUCUUCCUACUGAAUCUGAAAGGUCUCUUAUGGAGAGGGUCAGACAGGAAUUGAAAAUUGAGCUCAAACAGGGAUUUAGAUCAAGAAUUGAAGAUGUGAGGGAGGAGAUAUUGAGAAAGAGAAGGGCAGGGAAGUUACCUGGUGACACCACUACUGUUUUAAAGAAUUGGUGGCAGCAACACUCUAAAUGGCCUUAUCCAACUGAAGAUGAUAAGGCAAAACUUGUGGAGGAAACAGGGUUACAGCUGAAGCAAAUCAACAACUGGUUCAUCAAUCAAAGAAAGCGCAACUGGCAUAGCAACUCACAGUCUGUGACAUCUCUAAAGUCCAAGCGCAAGAGAUAGAGAAGAAACUGACGAACAUACAUAGGUUGAUGGUGAAAUGAAGAUAAACAGCGUUGAAGCAGAACUCUGCAAUGUUAAUUGUGAUCAAAGACAUGGGAAAAUAUUAGUUAGUACAUUAGGCCGGAUUGUAAUAUAUGGUACUCAGAAUUGGUAUACAUAUAUGGUAGACGUCGGUUUCAGGAUACAGCUAACACUACUUUUGAACUCUGGAAUGUUGACACUGUUUCUUGUAAUGAUGGUAAUUGUUUAGUGUUUAAUGUUUUCUAAGUAGAAGAGUAUCAUACAAACAGGUAAGGAUAUUGAAGCUGAUAUCAACUUUUCGUAUCUCUGUAUUGAUAGUAAUGAAAAUUGGAACAGUUUUAUAAUCUGCAGAAUA